AUGCACCAGAAGGAGAUGAAGGGGGCUGGGCUGGGGCCGGAGGGGUUGAGAGGGUCUCUCUGUGGCCGCAGUGACCUAGAGAAGUCGGUGGAGAAGAUCCAGAGGGAUGUAUCUCACAGCCACCGACUGGUGCCGGGUCCUGAGCUGGAGGAGAAGGCACUGGUGCUCAAGCAACUGGGGGAGACCCUGACGGAACUCAAGGCUCACUUUCCAGGCUUGCAGAGCAAGAUGCGGGUAGUGCUGCGUGUGGAGGUGGAGGCAGUGAAGUUCCUGAAGGAGGAGCCGCAGCGCCUGGAUGGGCUCCUCAAGCGCUGCCGUGGGGUCACGGACACACUGGCCCAGAUCCGCAGGCAAGUGGACGAGGGUGUGUGGCCGCCCCCCAACAAUCUCCUAAGUCAGUCUCCCAAGAAGGUGACUGCUGAGACGGACUUCAACAAGGGCUUGGACUUUGAAAUGCCACCCCCCAGUCCUCCAUUGAACCUCCAUGAGCUGAGUGGGCCAGCAGAGGGAGCCCCUCUUACUUCCAAGGGCAGCAACCCCAGCAAAGGCCUGGAUACUCCUGGCAAGCGAAGUGUGGACAAGGCUGUGUCUGUUGAGGCUGCAGAGCGAGACUGGGAGGAGAAGCGGGCAGCGCUGACCCAGUACAGCGCUAAGGACAUCAACCGGCUGCUGGAGGAGACACAGGCAGAACUGCUGAAGGCCAUCCCUGACCUGGACUGUGCCAGCAAAGCCCACCCAGGCCCUGCCCCCACCCCAGACCACAAGCCCGCCAAGUCACCCCAUGGCCAGAAGGCAGCCCCCCGAACGGAGCCCACUGGGAGAAGGGGCUCAGAUGAACUGACGGUGCCCCGAUACCGCACAGAGAAGCCCUCUAAGUCGCCCCCGCCACCCCCUCCCCGCCGGAGCUUUCCUUCCUCCCACGGCCUGACCACCACACGCACUGGUGAGGUGGUGGUCACCAGCAAGAAAGACUCAGCAUUUAUCAAGAAGGCUGAGUCCGAGGAGCUGGAGGUGCAGAAGCCCCAGGUAAAGCUGCGCCGGGCUGUGUCUGAGGUCGCACGGCCUGCCUCCACGCCACCCAUCAUGGCCUCUGCCAUCAAGGAUGAGGAUGAUGAGGAUCGAAUCAUCGCAGAACUGGAGGUGUUUGAGAGAAGUUCAGUGUCUUCCCUCCCCCCCACGCCCCGCCGCCAGCUGAUCCCCACCUUGCUGUCCCCCCAGGACCUGGGGCCCCCCGGGGGUUCAGCCCUGGGACCCACACGGAAGAGUGGCAGUGGCAGUGUGCCACCCAUGAAGGUGGUGACUCCAGGGGCCUCUCGGCUGAAGGCGACCCAGAGCCAGGCAGGCAGCCCGGACAAAAGCAAGCAUGGCAAGCAGAGGGCGGAGUACAUGAGGAUCCAAGCCCAGCAGCAGGCCACUAAACCAUCUAAAGAGAUGAGCGGGUCGAAUGAGACCUCGAGCCCAGUCUCAGAAAAGCCCUCGGGUUCCAGAACCUCCAUCCCUGGAGGAGGUAAGAUCUGUGGGGAUCUGGUGACCACUAGUAAGAUGUUUGAGGGUCCCCGAGGCCUGAGCAGCGGGCCAGUGCCCCUGCCUGUGAAUGCUCUGCCCUUCAGACAGCAGACUGGCUUCUGGCCUGGCCCAGGAGAGGGGAGGAAGAGAAUGAUUUUGGUUCUCAGUCAUGGCACCUGGGAGCACAGAGUGGAGGGGAAGCAGGGAGAUGAUGUGGAGCGGGUGGAGGAAGAAGACUGA